AUGAUCCUCAUUCGUCGACAGACACGGUUUUUUCUCCAUGAAAUUCGUCGAACGUUGAUUGCUGAACGGAUCCCACAGUAUAAAGAACGUUCGGCACUGCUACCCGGUGGUUUAAAUACUCCGUUUCCUGUUGUUGUCGAGCCAGAUAUCGAUCUUGAAUUGUUAUUUAAAAGUCCAGAACGCUUACAAGAAAAUCUACAACGAAGACAUUGGAUUGUUGAUGUGAAAAAAGUUGAACAUGAUUAUCAUCUAUGGAAAAAGUUAAAUAAGCAAAUAGUCGAAGCAGCAUCAUCGAAACGAUAUCGACCGGAAGAAUUACAUCAAUGGGGUGAACAGCUGUAUUCAUUGAAUGCAAAGUUUCUUGUGGCAUGUUUACGUUUGCCUGCUCCAUUACACGCAGCUGUACCUGAAACAAGCACUCCAAAAUUAUUGUUUGAAUACGGUAGUCAGAGGAAAUCUAGUCUAACCAUGCGAUCAUGGCGUGAUCUGGCGGAAGUGACGACGAUCGAUGCAGCACCAUUCUCUUCGUUUGCAUUCGGUGAAUUUGCUCAAUUAGAAUAUAUUUUGUUGAAUUAUUUCAACAAGUGUCUAGACAGUUACAAUAUGCAGUUUUGUGCGGCUGUCAAUGUGGUGAAAUCGUUCGUGAUUGAAGCAUUUGGCUAUCAUUUUUCUGACAUUAAAAAUGUGUUCAAUAUUGUUGCUGAAAACGAAGAUGACGAUGAAAAUAGUGUGGAACUUUUACAUCUAUUCGGUACCUCGACACCACUUGGUAUUGUCUCACCUUUUAUACGUACAAAUUUUCUCAAAGACUCAUUACCUUAUUAUGUCUAUUCAAUUGGACGAAAUUAUAAUCCACAUUCAGGUCAAUCGUCAUGCAUUGAACUACUCGCUUUUUCAAAUGAACAUUCUCAGCAUUUACUUGUCAGCGAUCAUCAUGCUGCUGGCAACGAACAAGCAAAACAUUUCGAAGACAUGUUGAAAAAAUCGAUUUCCUACUCGCCAACACUAAAUCCUCAAGAAAUCAAUCUAAAAUCGAAUUCUAUCGAUUUCAUCUACAUUCAAUUAGCAUCGAUCAUCACUAGUCUUUAUUACCGGUUGAAUCUACCGAUUCGUGUCCGUCUUUCUCCCUCCUAUGAACUCUUAGCGUAUGAAUCAUUACGUUUAACAAUCGAAGUUUAUCUUCCAUCACAAAUUGAUUACAUACGUGUCGGUUCAGUUUCAUUAAUUGAUGAUUAUCUCGCUCGAAGAUUGAUGAUAAAACAUGGUUCAGAUUCGAAAAACUAUGUUGCGAUGGUACACGCACGUGUUGCAGAUGUAUCUCAGUUGUCCAAGUGUGUGCUCGAAGCUUCUCAGACGAUCGGUCGAGGUAUUAAAUUACCUUCAGUUUUAUCAAUGCGUUAA